UCGUCGGCUAAUACGUAGGUAGUAUUCAGUGGUGAGGCCUCCGUGCGGGCCGUGGCGAACGAACAGGUGUUUCGGGCUUGGCAGUCGCGGUACCGGUUCCAUCAUAUCCUAGUAGUGUUAGCAGUAGGAUAUCCCUUUCACUGACGCGUAUACGCCGAAUUACCUCGUGGUACAUUUGCCGCGAAGAAAACGUAAUAUGAUGUCGGAGACCGCAGUGACGAUCGACGGUUCCAGCAAUAAUGCCACCAACAAUCCUCGACAGGUGCCUACCGUAAAGACGGAACCGGUUCAACCUAACCCUCUAGCAAACAUCACAUUGAACGUGCCCUACUUUAGGACGAUACCUGGUAUUAUUAAACUUGUACAGCUGCUGCUUGGCAUAAUAUGCAUGGCAUGCGUGUCACCGGCAUUAGUAGCUGCAAGCCACUGGUUUCUGUUCGUCGCUGUAACAGCUUUUAUCGCCUGUCUAUUAUGGUGUUUCAUUUAUGUGCUAUCGAUUCGAGAGGCGCUUAAGCUCCCUAUCAACUGGAUUCUGACGGAACUUUUGAACACAGCGAUAUUCGCUGUGCUUUACAUGAUUGCUUUCAUAGCACAGUUAUCUGCCUGGAGCGUGACACAUUCUUCAUUUACGUCGAGGAAUAUCGCUGGAGGGGUCUUUGGAAUUUUCAACACGCUGGCGUACGCAGCUGGAGCGUAUUUCUUGUACGUCGAGUGGAGAAGCCGCGACGCGCAAUGAAGAAAUGCAGAGGUACUCGAUGAGACGCUAGGUACCUGAAGAGCACCUACGACAAGGCUACUACACUCGCGAUCGCUGGUUCUACGACAUCGGUAGUAAGAUCACAGAGAAAUCAGUGGAUCGAAGCUAGUCCAACGGAGGCCCUCGCCUGAUCGUGUGUAGUAGCUUAUAACGACAGACUCUGUAUCUACGUGCCUUAAAGAUUAGUCGAUCGAUCGAUCGAUUCGAUCAAUCGAUCGCGGCCUUUCGAUCGUGCCGUUCGAUCGCGGCCCUGUCGCCAUCUAGAAUCGCACGAUCGGCGGAAGUUUGCGACUCUACGGUUUUCUGGGAUCAUGCUCGCUCCGACCAUCCACGAAACAAAGAAGAACACACGGUUCACCGCUGAUCUAGGACGGGUUGUUGCGCCGAACAGACAUCGACGACUUUUUUAACGUCUUUGUUUCCACGAGUUUCGCGAAUUUUCUUUGUUACGCGGUUCAGAUUUUCAUUGUACAAACAUACGUAUCGAUAACGUUAAUGUUAAACAACGGUUACCUUUUCUAAGAGCAAAUUAUGUUUCACGAUCGGUCAACUCCAUAUUGGAUGUGUCGAUCCUUCGACUUUUACGAUGAAUUUUAUAAGAGUAUACAUAUGUACAUAUGUAUAUGUAUCGCUGACACACGUACCUUGUGCGACACUUUCCCGUCCUGUUUACUUUUCUAACCGUACCUUUCUCGCACUACCGCGACUUCUUAUUUAUAUGUAAACACGCAUUAGUUAUAUACAUUUACAUAUACAUAUCUGUUUUAUAUAGAUAAUAUAUUUGCACAAACCGAAUACGGUACAUCGUUUUUUUUUUUCUUUUUCUCUUCCUCUUUUUUCUUUAUCUUCCCCCGUUCGUAGAGGACACUCGUGUGGUAAUUUUCCUAUUCGUCGACGUAAAAACGACCGGUUACUACGUGAACGAAUAUUUUUUGAAUACAUUGUACUCUUUCUGUACGCAUUACCAUUGAAAUAUACGUUCGUUUCCGACAUUAUCUUCGAACCUAUUUGGAUCGCAUCCGAUAACUCUAAUCUCGACGCUGAUCUCGGAGUCUACGUACACGAGGUCGACUUGCGAUUAAAAGCUGCCGCACAGUUACACAUGCUCUCGUACGUGUAUACAUUCAUUCCCUGUGA